GGCUUAUCCGUUUCCACUUUAUAUCCGCUGCUUCUUUUUCUUUUUUAUGCUUUUGCUGCAUUUGUGGAUGUCUUGUUUUAUUGAUUCGGCGAUCUGUUGAGCUGACUGCGUGAGUUGCUGGAUGCGGUUUGGCGAAAUGUGUUGUUGACUUGAGAUCUUCAGAUUUGGUGAGAUUAAGAUUCACAAAAGGAAGAGCUAAGAUGUCGACUGAAAGAGGCGCACACACGCACUGGUGCUCCCAUUGCAACGAACCGGUGAUUCUCCACCGGCGAAAUGCAGUUUGUCCGAACUGCAACGGAGGAUUCAUAUACGCCCUCGACAAUACAACAAUCGCAGCAGAUCAAGGAGGAGAUCAGAGACCUCAUUUCACAGAAUCCAUCUCAAACUUCCUCCGGCACCAAAUGGCUGCCACAGGCCGGAUAUCCUCUCGGCAGAUAUCUCAGCAGCACGGUAGUUCGUGGAACUCAUUUCUCGUUUUCAGUGGCGACAUGCCCGACCAGAUGCCAGGCAGUGGCGGCCUAGAAGAGUUCCUCAACGAGACGUUAGGAUUUAGGCGUGAAAACGGAGGGGAUUAUUUCAUCGGGCCAGGAGUGGAAGAGUUUUUCGAACAUGUCACGCGUAGCGAUCCCCGUGCCCCGCCCCCUGCAUCAAGAUCCUCCAUUGAUGCUUUGCCAGUGAUCAAGGUUUCAAAGAAACAAGUUGGCGGUGAUUCAAUGUGUGCUAUCUGUAAAGAAAGAUUCGAGUUGGGGCUAAAGGUGAUAAAGCUUCCGUGCAAACAUUUGUAUCACUCGGACUGCAUCGUGCCGUGGCUGGAACAGCACAGUUCCUGCCCGGUUUGUCGCCAGCAACUGAACGCCGGCCACAAGACAAUCAAAAACACCAACAAUCAGAGAAACCAUGGGAGGAGAAAAUGGCGAUUCUCGUGGCCCUUUGGCUCGACGAAAUCAACAGAGAGCAGUUCUCCAGUUUCAUGAAAAGAAUGAUACACUGCGUCGAUGUCCUAGUUUAUCAUGUAGAGAAAAAUAAGUAACGAUCCCUUUAAAUGCUGCUUACCUUAAACCUGAAAUCGAUAAAUCUCGACUGGCUGGUGCUUUGAUUCA